AUGCCUAACAAACACAUCCCCGACGUGCCCUCGCCACCGCUCAGCUCAGAUUCCAGCCUAGUCCUAGACGCACCCCUCAAAUACCGCCAAACCCAAGCGGCCGCCUGCCUAGGUUCCCUUUGCCUAACAGUCUCCUUUGCCCUCUUCCUCAUCUCCUUCGGGCAAAAACACUGCCCUCCACCCUCCGGCUGCACCGCGCACCAGCUUCCCGAGAGCUUCAUUAUCCUCCUAGGUUUUGGCAGCACCGUGGUUCUGAUCGUCUUCAUUUGGGGUCUCAUCGGAGCCGAGGGGGCUUUUGCAUACAGGAGGGCCUGUCCGUGGCUGGGCGGCGUGUUUGGCAUCAUGAUGUACAUGGUUUUCCAUUUGGUAUCUGGAGUGGAACAGUCGGUGCCUGGGGGGAUUGGGUUGGUCAUAUGUUGUUUUUGGAGUGGUUUUUGUUUGGAGCUUUGGGUCGGGGGCGGUCAGAGGGUUAUUGAGGAGCUUACUGUGAGCGGGUAG